CCCGCCGGGAUAACUCCCGGAAGGGACUGGAGGCCGGAUCCAGCGUGUCUGCGGACCCGGCUAGGGUCGGUGAGGGACGCGGCAGGCGGCGCGAUGUCCUGGUCCGGCCUUCUCCGUGGCCUCAACACGUCCCUCGGUUAUGGCCUCGCCCUGGCGCCCCGUCUCUGGGCCGCCCGCCCCAUGGCCACGCUGAACCAGAUGCACCGCCAGGGGCCCCCGAAGCGGCCGCCCCCGAAGCCGGGCCCCACGGCGGGCCGGCCGCAGCUGAAGGGCGUCGUCCUGCGCACCUUCAUCCGCAAGCCCAAGAAGCCCAACUCGGCCAACCGCAAGUGCUGCCGCGUGCGGCUCAGCUCGGGCCGCGAGGCCGUCUGCUUCAUCCCCGGCGAGGGCCACAGCCUGCAGGAGCACCACGUGGUGCUGGUGCAGGGCGGCCGCACCCAGGACCUGCCCGGCGUCAAGCUCACCGUCGUGCGCGGCAAGUAUGACUGCGGCCACGUGCAGAAGAAGUGACGGCGGCCGGGCGCGCAGCUGCAGCGCCGGCAGUCACCACCCGCCUCUCUGGGCUCCUGCGGGACCUUGGGAAGCUAGGCCCGCUCGAAAGGCGGCUGGUCUUGGGUUCAAAUCCUGACCCCGCCUCUCCCAUCAGGACCAGCAUUGGGUUAGAAAAAGGCGCGUCUGCCAGCAUCCUUGGCUCCCAUGUAUAGAGUGGUGGCGUGAAGGACCUCUUCUGCUGGGACAGGACACGGCACUGCCACCUGCAGGCAAGGGCUUGCAAUAAACACAGACCCCCAGGGUUGUGAUAUGAA